AUGGAAGUGUCAACGUCUUACUGUACGCCUGCCGUCAACUUCAAGUACGGCAGUUUCCCAGAUUCAGAUGUCUCGAUGCGGGAAGAUGAGCUGUUUCGGAUGGGGAGCUACAAUUCUCAAGGGUACUACGUCGACGGAACUCAUAUCGAUUCAGACGGUUCCAUCGGAGAAGAGGAUGACACGUCUUCAGGGAGCAACGAUCAGGACGACGACGAAGAUCAGAUGGAUUUCGAGGAGGACGACUUGGAGCCGGAAUCUUCAAUAUCCACAGAAGACGAAGAGGAAGAAGACGAGGAGGAUAAUGACGAGUGGACCAAUCAGAAGCGGACUGAUAAUCAGAACAGCGUCGCCUACUACGCCGCGAUGGAGAUGCUCCGCAUUCGUUUCCCAUUCCAGUCGAUAGCCAUUCGCAUCUCAGAUUUUUGUUGUCUCCAGGAGAAGGAUCUUCUCAACGACACUAUGAUCGACUUCUAUUUGAAUCACAUCGUUGAGCACGUUCUCCCUGACAGCAGUGGCUCAAAAGUCACCGUUCUUCCAUCGCUGUUCUGGCACAACUUGUCGUUGAGACAACACGCGUCGGACUCGGAAGACGAGAAACUGAUGAGCGACGAGCAGAAGAUGGAUCUCAAAUUUGGCGAUUUGCACGAUUUCGUUGCCGACUUCGAUCUCCAGGACUUUGAUUAUAUUGUGGUGCCGGUGAACGAGUGGGAGCACUGGUCGUUGGCUGUCAUCUGCCAUCCAUACACCUCCAAGGCUCGUACUGUGAUCUUCGACUCUCAACUGACUGCCGACCUGAAUAACCUUCAAAAUAUGGCCACAUUAAUCGAGGAGUUCAUGAAGUAUUCAUACGAGAAACGCACCAGAACUGUGAUGCCGUAUCCAUUGCCAUGUGUCUUGCCGCAAAGAAUGCCACAGCAGACCAACAACUAUGAUUGUGGAAUCUUCAUAGCCGAGUUCGCAAGAUGCUUCUUGUUGAAUCCACCAAAAGAUCUCGACAACUUUGACUUUGUCAACGAGUACCCAGAAUUCAACACGACCAACAAGAGAGCCGAAAUGCAACGUGCCGUUCUUUCGCUCUCUCCGAAUCGUGCUCGUUGGCGUCCACUCGUCGAGCUGCUUAACGGCUACAACACUGCCGCACCACAUCGUGCACUCUAA